UUGAGUCAUUUAUUAUAGCAGCGAUUCGCUUCCAAAGUCAACCAUAUACGUAUAGACUAAUAGGCAUCAGUACUUGUGUAACAGUCAAGAAUUCAUCUCCGUUUUUCAUUUUAAAAAGAAAGUCCACCGACAGUCAUCAAGAUGGUUGCUUGUAUAUUUUCCUCUGUCCUCCUAUUUGCGGUCAUCUUGAGCAGCAGCGUCACUAAAGUAACGAGUCACGGCUACAUUUACGAUCCUCCUGGUCGUUCGUCCAUGUGGCGUGUCGGUUUCAGCGUCGCUGAAGAUUCUAAAAAUUACAAUGAUAUGGAGCUCAACUGCGGUGGUAGAGAGGCUCAGCAUAACGCCAUCAAUCAGGGCCGGUGUGGAGAAUGCGGGGACGAAUGGAGGCUGGAACGGCCGAGGUCAAACGACGAGGGGGGCAUAUACGACACGGGCAUCAUCGGACAAACCUACACCGAAGGAUCGGUUGUGCGCAUUACGGUGAACAUUACGGCCAACCACUGGGGAGAUUUCGUGUUCCGACUGUGCCCGAAACAAUCAGCCGAUGAACUAGUGACGCAGGAAUGCCUUGACAGGUAUCCACUUGAACUUGUCGAGUUGCCCGGCCAAGGUGAUGGCAUCGUAGUCGACGGCGGCACCAAAUUCAAAAUCGGUAGCUCAACUGGCCUCUAUUUCCCGAGUGUCCGGCUACCAGCGGGCGUCACUUGUCAAAAUUGCGUUCUCCAGUGGUACUGGACAGUAGCCAAUAGCGAAGGAUUAUGUCCUAAUGGAGGCAGUGGCUACUGUUACCAGGAAUCGUUCGUCAAUUGUGCGGAUGUGUCCAUUCUUCCAGCCGGUUUGUAAAUUUGGUUGAGUUGUGCAUCGAUUCCGCCACAGUCGUUUAGGUUGUCAUCAUCAGAAUCUUUAUACUUGCAUGCCAAAUCUAUUCACGUUGAUUUUGUUUUACUUUAUGCUGGAUAAAAUGUUGAAUGCAUUUGCUAUGAAUCGAAAUUUGAAUAAAUACAUUUUAUUAAACGUUAAA